UCGCGGGAUCUGAACGGGUGAUGUUGGGUAUAAAACAAACACCAUGAGGGCCAGGUCUGCUGUCAGUAUCAGAAACUACACAUCCAGUCAAGCCAGAAUAUAUUCCCAGAUAACUGUCCUCAACAGCAAAUAUGCCACUCAAGCCCUGCCUCUUCGCCGCAGCGUGCUGCCUGGCCUCCCUAGCCAUCACGCCCGCCGCAGCCGCAACACAAGGCCUCGUAGCCGUCCGGCCCAGCAAGCCCGACGCGCGCCUGGGCGCCAUCCUCGGCCCGGCGAUGGGCUUCCUCGAGUGCAACCAGGACGACGCCAACGUCCGGGCGCUCUGCCGGGCCGUCGGCCUCAAGGCCGGGGCCGCGCUCGCGUCGGCCGGCAUCCGCGUCGACGCCCGGGGCCUCGUGUUCGCCUACGACGACGGGACGCCGCGCGGUAUCGACACGGGCCACGGCUGCAGCGUGACGGCCGAGAUCAAGCACGUGCACGCCGAGACCCGGCUCCUCGCCGACGCGUCGCUCGACUUCUCGGGGGGCGGCGGCGACCCGGCGCUCUUCGUCGCCGAGCUGCCCGUCGAGUUCGCCGCGCGCGUCGACGUCAAGCAGAGGUUCGGGGCGCGCGUGCUGGGCAAGUGCGUCAACAUAGGCUCCGACAGCUUCAAGUUGGAGGGCGCGCUGGCCACGACGGCCAAGAUGGCCGUGCUGUUCACGCUGGCGCCCGCGCCGCUGCGGACCGACGCGCAGGGCAACUACGUAUUCACCAUCCGGCCCGUGACGAAAGUGGCGGCGCAGCUGGCCAGCACCGACGUCAAGUUCAACAUCAGCGGCGUCAGCUUUCUCAACGGCCUCGUCACCGCCAUCCUGGGCGGGACGUCGUCGCUGGUCAAGGCCGUGACCAGCAUCCUCCAGGGCGACGGGCUCGGCGCCGUGUGGAAACAGGUGCGGCAGCACGUGCUGGACGUGGCCGUUGGCGGGGCGCUGACCCUGCCCUUCGACCUGCUCGACGGCCUGUUGGAGCUGAUGGCGCGCGCCUAUGUCGAGGAGCGGCAGGGCGCCGCCAUCGCGGCCUACUCGGGCGAGAUGGAGAAGAAGCUGCGCGCGGCCGUGGCGCGCGCGCUGAAGCUGGACGCCAACGGCGAGCGCAGCUUUGUGGUGCGCAAGGAGGUGGUCGAUCUGGUCCGGCAGUUCGGUGGCGGCGCCGACAUCUGGCUGCCCGACCGGCCGGCGGGGUUCUGCUCGGCCGACGGCGAGUGCAGCGACGGCAAAUUCUGCAACGGCGUUGAGAAGUGCGUCAGCAACAAGUGCGUGCCGGGGUCGAAGCCCUGCCUCGGGGGCGGCGAGACGUGUAUGGAGAGCUCCAAGAGGUGCCUUCCGACCUGCGGCGGCCGCAGCGGCAGGGUCUGUCCCAGGCUUUGGCAGGCUUCGGAGCUGGAGUAG